AUGUCACAUGUGGCUCUUGCGAUUGUAGCGUCGCUGCCCGGCACCGAGGCGGCGCACCGGCUGGUGGUGUGCGUCCGCAACAAAUGCACCCCCGAGGAAGCGCUCAACGUGCUCCGCGAGCUGCCCAACCCGCUGCGCGAAGGGGACGCCCCGGCCACCCACAACGCGCAGUACAACCCGCUCAAGAUCGACGUGUUCGUCCAGACGCUCCUCAACCUCGGCAGCAAGAGCAUCUCGCACAGCUUCGCGGCCAUAUCCAAGUUCCACUACGUGUUCAAGAUCUUGGCCGAGUCGGAAGAGGCCCAGAUAUGCGUGCUCCGCAACGUUUGGGAGCUGUGGCAGCGGCACCCGCAAAUGGUGUGCGUUCUGGUGGACAAGAUGCUAAAGACCCAAGUGGUGGAGUGCAGCGCGGUGGCCACCUGGCUCUUUUCCAAGGAUAUGGCGCCGUUUUUCACCCACUCUCACCUGUGGGAGAUAUUGCAUCUGACCAUAGACAAGAUGAACAAACACGUGUCCAAACUCAGUGCCGAGCUCCAAGAGGCUAGGGAGGCGUUGGCUAGAGCCGAUUCCAGCAGCUCCGACUCAGAAGACGAGAGCGGGGCGAAGAAGAAGAAAGACCAAGACAAACCCACAGAAGAGGCGGUGGAGCGCAUGGAGGAGCGGCUGGAGAUGGCGCACACGGACCAGAAGCGGCUGUUCCUGAUCGUGUUCCAGCGCUUCAUCAUGAUCCUGUCGGAGCACCUGGUGCGCUGCGACACCGACGCGCGCGACCCCGACACGCACUGGUACCGCAGCACCGUGGCCAGGCUGCGCCAGGUCUUCCUCGUGCACCACGAGCAAGUGCAGAAGUACAGCAGCACGCUGGAGACGCUGCUUUUCACUCAAGACCUGGACCCUCACAUUCUUGACGUGUUCCAUCAGUUUGUAGCCCUCACAGCG